AUGCCAGUGUCUCCACGCCCCGUUGUUGCCAAGCCAAGGACUCAGUCGGAUUUGAUCAAGAUAUUGUCGGUAUUUUCGGAUGUUGUACACAUACUCGCAGUUGCACAUCAAGCCGGGAUAACGCAUAAUAAUGUGAAUACACACUCAAUAAUCGUCACAAAAAAACCCAAGACCACGGGGGCGGGCGUGCCGGUGCUUGGGAAACUAGGGGGAUGGCAUUUGGCAUCGCGCUUAGAGCGGGAGGAUCCUGGGAGAGCUGAAGGCACAAUGUUGCGCGGAUUAAAUCCGGCUCCUUUACAAUAUAUUGCGCCAGAGUGCACUGGCAGAAUGAAUAGAUCUGUUGAUUACCGAGCAGACUUCUAUUCCCUCGGGGUAGCGCUAUAUGAGCUUAUUGUGGGGUUCUUGCCAUUUCGGAGUGCCGAUCCACUGGAAUUGAUCCAUCAGCACAUUGCCCAGCAACCAGUGCCGCCCACCGAUGUGAACGCUUCUAUUCCUACAGCGGUAUCGGCUGUGGUGAUGAAACUUUUGGCGAAGAAUGCGGAAGACAGAUAUCAGAUCGCUUCCGGGCUGAAAGCGGACAUUGAUAUGCUUAUCCGGAGGAUGACGGAGGGUCGGAGUUUGGAAGGUAUGAGGGUCGGGGAAUUGGAUACAACCAGUCAAUUUGUGAUCACCGAGAAGCUGUAUGGGAGGGAGGAGGCAGUAUCGAUGCUGAAGGGGGCCUAUGAGAAAUGUUUGAACCAAGGGGGAUGCAGCAUGGUGAUGGUUAGGGGAGGAUCUGGUGUGGGAAAAUCUCGGCUUGUCAACGAAAUCCAGCGACCAGUGGCGGAAAACAGAGGAUAUUUCACAUCCGGGAAAUUUGAUCAAUAUAAAAGGGGUUUUAGCUUUUUCACCUUGGUUCAAACGCUUCAGGAUCUCGUGCGCCAGGUGCUUUCUGAAUCUAUACAGAGUCUCUCUCGGUGGCGGACGGAAACAAUAAGAGCUCUGGAUGGAGAUGCUGCCGUAUUGGUGGAUCCCUUAGCAAACCUAGGACCAGUUGAGAGGGAGAACAGGUUUCGGGAAGUGAUUGGCCGAUUCCUAGCAGUCUUUGGGAGAAGAGGAUUAGUGGUCUUCUUGGACGAUCUUCAGUGGUGCUCUCAGAGCGAAUGUGCUGACAACGGUCCCACGGUUGUUGAACAUACAGGUUUAUUGAUUAUCGGCACUUAUAGGGAUAGUGAAAUUGACCAAGAUCACCCUCUACCACCAAUGCUUGAAUACGUCCAGACCAGAGCCGGCGUAGACGUAGUGGACAUUGAGCUUGGCCCUUUAGACCAGGAUUCCGUGAGAAAGAUAAUUGGUGACACGCUUCACCGGGAUCCCGAUUAUGGUCGAUUGAAAGAGGACGCUGAAAUGCAGACCCUGACUGAACUGGUGUAUGCGAAGACAUGCGGUAAUGCAUUUUUUGUGAUGCAAUUAUUGAAAAGCUUACAUCGGGGCGGCCACAUUGUAUUCGAUUUCGGAGCCAAAGGUGGUGGGCAAUGGAGAUUCAACCUGACCAGCAUUGAGGCCGAUGACUUGCCUCCUACCGUGGUGGAUUUACUCGUGAAGCAGAUGCUCAAGCUCAACGGUCCUACGCGGACCGCGAUGAUGCUUGCAGCGUGCAUCGGGACCGAUAAUGUGGGCCUGCAGUCCUUGGCCGUAGCUGCAGGGAAGAAACCGGAGGAGAUGGCGAGUGAUUUAUGGGGGGGGUUGGAUGCCGGUUUACUGCUCCCUACAAGCGGGAAUUACAAAAUACCGCUUGCCCUUGACGAGGACUCAUCCAUGCUUGGAGGUUGCGCGGUCACCUAUAGGUUUUUACACGAUAGGGUUCAGCAGGCGGCCUAUUCCUUAAUCCCCAAGAAUGAGAGGGCGGGGGUUCACAGGAUGAUUGGGACGAGGCUGUUAAAGAAGGUUCCGGAGGAGGAUUUAGACGGCAUGCUAUACGAAAUUGUCAACCAACUAAACCACUGGCUAUCACCACUAGAGAAGGACGAACGACACACCCUUAUGGAACUAAAUCUGCGAGCUGGUAAGACAGCGAUCGCGGCGACGGCCUUUGACGCGGCCCUCUUGUAUUUCCUGACCGCCAAGCAAUUGCUGGAUGAUCACGAGAAGGAGGAGGAAGUCGACGUUGGAUUGGAAAUCAAUUUAUCCUUGAUUGAGGGAUACUUCGCUCAUCAGAAAUAUGUGGAAUCGAUCAAUCUCGCCGAUGCGGUUCUUCCGAAAUGCAUUAAACCCCGAGACAAGAUAAGGUGUUUGGUUCACAAGAUGAGCUGCCUUCUUGUCCAGGGGAAACUAAACGAGACGAUUGAGACUGGGCUUUUGGGAUUGGGCGUUCUGAGUUUGGAGGUUCCCCUCGAUGAUGCGAAGGCAAAAUCGCACGCCGACAUGAUGAGACCUAGGAUUUUGAUGGACGUCGCGCAGAUCAAAGCUCUCGAGAAGAUGCACCGAUUAAAAGAUGAGAAUCUGAUAUUGCUUCAAGAACUGAUUUCUAGUUUGCUAUUGCCGAUAUACAUGAGCAGGCCAGCCUUACUGGAGGCGGUAUGCUUCACGAGUGUGGCCAUCAGUCUGGAGUUUGGGAUAUCUACUGCCGGAGCCUACCCUAUGCUAAUGACCGGUGUUAUACUCUCUGCCGAGGGAACGCAAGAAGCCCACCUCAAAAGUUAUGCCUACGGCAGACUAGCCAUAAACCUCAUUGAGAAGGAUACUCUCAUGUGUCCUGCGGCGCCUGCAAUCUACGAGGUCUACGCCGGUCACAUUGGAAUCUUUCAUUGCAGCAUGAACGAGGUUCUUAAGUCAUUGCACCAAGCUGUUACCGCAGGUGUAGCAUUGUUCAAUGUGGAUUACACUGUUUUCGCGAUGGCCGAGAUCCCAUCUUUUGGGAUGUUCGGCGGCGAGAACUUGAGUGCAGUCCACUCCAAAAUGGUUGCUACGAAACCUAGCAUACGGAAAUUCAAACAACUAACCGGGAUGUGGUGGUUGAGUUUUCCUCUCCAAUUUCUCCUUAAUCUCCGAGGCCUCGGCAACCCGGAUCCGAUAUGCUUCGAAGGAGAAGAACUGGGAGAUUCCAAAGCUUUGUCUAAGCUUCUUAGCAGCGAGAGCAUGACUCAUAUAUAUCUCUACCAUAUGUACCGUUUGAUCAUAGCGGUAAUAUACGGCCGCUACGAUAUUGCGGCAGACCUCGCAACGCACUACUGUGAGCCCAUGAGCGGGGGGGUUACUGGGACCUUUUACGCUUCGCUUACGUAUUUCUAUUCGUCAAUCGCAUUCCUGCACCUAUAUGACACAAUAUCGGACGAGCAAAAGGACCUUCUUGAUCGGAAUAUCAAGCAAAUUCAAAUUUGGAGCACCACCGCCAAAGGUACCUUUUUGCACAAGAGCGUGUUCUUGGAGGCCGAGUUUACAAGAGUCAAGAAACCUAGUCAGCAGCUAGAGAUAUUAGACAAAUACGAUCACGCGAUUUCACUAGCUACGAGCAGUGGGUUUGUACAUGAUGCCGCAUUUAUUAGUGAGAGGUGUGGUUCCUGGUUGCGAGCGUUCUCGAAGAGGCGGGCAGCGCCAUACAUCAGGGAAGCGGUUCGGGGGUAUACUGCCUGGGGCGCGACAAAUAAAGCCAUGGAAUUAAGGAAAGGGUCCGCAGAGGAUCUCGCAACCAAGGACCCACAUGAUGAUGACGAGACAUCUCACGCAUCUUCUCGUAGGGAGAACGAACCAUCAUCUUUGGGGUCCGAAUUGGACUUCCGGACUGUUUUGAAGGCGUCACUGGUCAUCUCAGAGGGGAUGCAUCUCGAGGAGGUUAUUGUGAAACUCAUGAAGAGUGUCUUGCAAACCGCUGGAGCAGAUUAUGGAGUCCUCAUUCUCAAGGAGGACGGAAACCUUCACGUUGAAACUGUUGGCUUGCUCGACCAGGUAUCCAUUCUAGAGCACGAACCUUUGAACACGCGCGCCGAUUUAGUUCCGGUCUCAAUAGUCAACAUCGUCGCAAGCCUCGGAGAGCAAAUUUUGAAGGAUAGUGAUGAUCCUAAAUUUGACGCAACCUAUGGGCGAGAUAGCUACUUCCAGAACCGAAGGGCAAAGAGCGUUCUCUGCAUGCCAAUACAGAACCAACUAAAACCCAUGGGCGUCCUAUACUUGGAAAACAAGUUUGUUAACCAUGCAUUCACAAGGCAGAGGCAGGAAUUACUGAACGUGCUCUGCACCCAGGCUGCAGUGACAAUCGAUAAAGCACGUUUGUAUCGACAGAUGGAGCUGGCGAAAAAGGCGGCUGAAGAAGCCACAGCAGAAAAAUCUAGUUUUCUCGCGAAUAUGUCCCACGAAAUUCGAACGCCAUUCAAUGCCCUUCUCUCAUGCUCAAUCUUUCUACUAGAUACAGGCUUGUCAGAACAGCAAAGAGAAUAUGUAGAGACAAUUCGAAACUCUGCGGUCCUCACACUCCAGAUCAUUGACGGUAUCCUUGAUUUUUCGAAGAUUGAGCACGGCGCUAUCGACUUGCAAGUGUCACCCUUUUCUCUCAGAGACUGUAUCGAAAGCGCUUUGCAGCUUGUUGCCGAGCCAGCCGCAACAAAGGACCUGGAGUUAGCUUUCCGUAAUAAAUGCUCCAACGUCGAUACCGUCCAUGGGGAUAUUACUCGAUUCCGGCAGUGUGUAAUCAACUUGAUUGGUAACGCCGUCAAGUUCACACAAGAAGGUCACAUACUCGUUACGACCGAAGCUAAAAAAUUGCCUAAUAGUGAGCUGUGGAGUGUGGAAGUCGCUGUGCAAGAUACUGGAAUUGGUAUCCCUGAUAAUGCACGCGAUCGGCUGUUCAGGGCAUUUUCUCAAGUGGAUACUUCAACGCGUCGUACCUAUGGUGGGACCGGGUUGGGUCUAGCGAUUUCUAGGAAGUUGGCCGAGAUGAUGGGAGGCGAUAUCUGGUUCGAAAGCGAAAAAGGCGUCGGAUCAACAUUCCAUUUGACUAUCACGGCUGAGGUCACCGGAAGAACUUGGUGUGCCGACAAAAGAUUAAUUGGGAGAAAAGCGAUUGUUGCUGACACCCACUCAUUGUCGUCCAAUAUCCUAGCAGACGAAUUGGAGGUGGAAGGGUUGACAGUAACCCGUACCAAUACGGCCGAGGCUACAUUGAAGCAACUUCACGACCACGGAAUCGGAUACUACGAGUUUGCACUUAUCGAUUUAUCUGUGGACAAAACGUGCCUCCUCGCGGACCAAGUGAACAAAUUCGACCCCAGGAUCCGGGUGAUUGUGAUGUCUCGGUUCGGAGUCAACCUUCCUUCAAUUGCUCAGGCGUACAACAUUGCACUGAGCUUUGUCAGGCCCGCGCCGAGGAGUAGGUAUGUACAAGCUAUUCACGACGUUAUGAACCCGAACAAGAAAAAACACAUUAUCCCUUCCAAGAAUCAAGAGAUGGAAUUGCUCCGGUCCCUCGCCCGUCGACAUCCACUGAAUAUCCUACUAGCGGAGGAUAAUCUGGUAAACACGAGGGUUGCACUUCAGCAUCUGAAGAGGAUGGGUUACUCAGCAAAGCACGCGAAGGAUGGCAUAGAGGUCCUUGAGAUGUGUGAAGAGGCGGCAGAAAGGGGCGAUAUGUUUGACGUAAUCUUGAUGGAUAUACAAAUGCCCCGGGCAGACGGUAUAGAAACGAGUCUAGAACUGCGUAGGAGAUAUGUUGAUGAGGAAAGGCCGACGAUAAUCGCUCUGACAGCGAACGCGACUGCGAAUGAUCGGGAGAGAUGUCAGCAGGCGGGAAUGUCUAGCCAUAUUGCGAAGCCGAUACUUCCGAAUGAUCUUGCGACUGCUUUGAUGUCUACCUCCCCACUGCAACUGUCGGCGGUGAAACGUCAGGAUUGACCACCCGUUUCCGCUCCGACCCUGAUAGUACCUACUGCUCUUGCAGGCGUUCUUGUUCUCACCUACUUUGUUUUUAUAUACUAGAGGGGUUUCCCCUUCUUUUCAUCCUCUACCUAUCCGAUAUUCUCGAACUUUACCUUCUCAUCUUCAACCCAUCCCUCACCUACCAAUACUGCCGCUGCGCUCGCUCGCCCUUAGAAAAACAUGGGGCAGUUCAUGUGCGACAACUUUACUUCUCCCUUCCUCCCUUCGGCCUACUUCGUUUCGUACUAUACAUAUUUUUUACUCCUUCCUUGUGAUACAUCUUUGCUUUUGGAUCAGCUUUACCUAACUUGAGGAUUUUUUUUUUUUUUUUGCUGUUGUCGGGAGUUUUUUU